ACGGAGUAGGCAUGUGUGCACAUUUAGACCGCUCAGUGUACAUCGUGGAAUUCCAAAACCGUUACUUUACAAGAACGCUCCUCGACUAUCCAGUUGAAAAGGAUCUAUGGUAUAAACUCCACUUAUUUUUUUUCUUUACCCGAGGGAGUUUUACUUUUGGGAACCAGUAGACCUGUGUGUGAGACUGUAAUCCASACGUCUGCGCGGAGCGGAAGUUCGGCUACUGUUUACUUUUUUCUCUUAGAGUAGCCUAACCCAAACCAGGUGAAGUCGCCCCCCGGUGCGCAGGCAGCGCUCGGAUAUAGUGGAAACCCUCUUUGUAGUCUGUAGUCUAUUUCAGGGUCUGAAGUCUUGGUGAAGUUCUUCAUUUUUCUAACUUCAGUUUGGCUCUAUCUGUGUCUGACGGGAUGUUUUCAUGCGUCCUGCUUUUGGUUCUGGAUGGGAAUGGCAGUUUUCUGACAGCGGGCAGGAGCAGAGUCUGAUCUAGCCACAGUCAUGAGGUUCCGCUACUCGAGAAUGUUUUUAAUCAUCUGAGGGGCACUCUUCCCCAAAGAAAGAGAGAGGGAAAACUUUUCCAUGCUCUCUCGGGGCUCCAUAGUGUUCGAGGAUGUGAAAGUUGGACUGUGGCUCACUUUGAUCUAACUUCAUUAUCACGAAUAARGGAAUAACAACGUUGGGGAAAAGGUUUUGUUUGUUUGUGCCAGCUCACAAAUCAACACUCAAAUUUGCCAUAGCGACGGCUCUUGGACACCGUGUACCCCCUCUGAAAUACCAACCAGCUCAUCUUUGAAAGAUAAAAUGCAGCACAAUGUUUCAGGCCGUGGCUUAUUCCUGAAGUGCGUGUUUUUACAGAUAMAAAAAACACAGAGCAGCGGGGCUAACGGCCAGAGUUGUGUGAGGUCUGAGUGAGACGCGGAGAAYAAGUAGGCUAAACAUCUUCUUCCCUCAUGGUAUGCCUUUAUUCUUCUGCCAGCAAAGUUGGGAGUGAAGCGGGAAUGUUUCUUCGGCGGCUCUGGACGCUCCGCCGCAGGUAUUGCUCCGGACGAUUAUUGCUCCUAGGGGUCGCGGUGUGUCUUUUCUACCAGACCCUGAUGGUGGCACGGAGUCGGUUCAAAGGCGGCCCACCCGCGGCUGAUGAACGCAACAAGUCAACGAUGACUGGAGCGUUGGAGGUAUUUGAUGAACUUCUGCAGGACCCUGRGAGGCUUAUUUCUACCCUGGAGGCUUUGGAAAGGGACAGAUAUGUCAAGGGGUCCAAUCAGAACCGGGCCGGGCGGGUCACGCGGGCCGUCGUGUUGACGGGUCAGCACGUAGCCGCGGAUACAGAGGUCCAGCUGUUCCAGCGGAUCCUGGAGCAGCGAGGCUACGAGGUCAGCCUGUCCCGAUACGCCGAGACCAACACCGCCCUGAGACGCGACAACGGUGGCAGUGUGGAGUGGAGUGUGUUGGUGUGUCUGAGCGGUUCGGAGAAGAGUUGUCUGAGGAGAGUGUCCUUCUCCCAUCUGCAGCCCCAUCAGAGGGUCAACAUGAUACCUGGGCUGGUGGGGGCCUUCUCUGAUGUGGACGGGCUCUGUCGCUUCCAGACAGACAGCCGGCUAGCAGGKCUGGCAUUACGCAUCAAUCCAUCUGCCUGUGGAUCGCCCCUCCCCAAGCUGGGAGAUGUUCGUCAUGUGGCUCAUGGUGAUUGGAACCCAGCRAUCACCACACUUAACUUGGUGAGCCCUGGCCUCGUUGCCAUGGUGACGGUUUAUGUCCUGGUUACCUCGGUAACGCCGCUCACAGCCUUCCUUCAUCACACGGGCCUGGUCAGGACAAGCGAAGACACGGACAGCCACACCACACAGRUCAAGCCCUUUCUUCUGCAGCAGCUGGGUCCUGAUGCAUCCCAUGAGGCCUUGGACCAUGUGAAGGAGGUCAUAGGUCAGGUGUUGAGGGUGGCAGCAUUGACCAAUGAGGAGCCUAGCUCUCGGCAAAGGUGGUGUCUCCUGUGUUUCCAGCUGAUGACAUUCACUCUUCAAUUCAGUGGUUCCCUUCUGCCUAUCAUAGUGAAGGCUGAAACUGACCUGCACUUUGAUGGGCUGAGGGACCCCGGGUUUGACGGACAGAUCACAAAAGAGUUCAUCCUGGAAGAUGCUCUUCUCUUCCUGCUCCCAGCACACAGUGGACAGGCCAGUCUGAAGAGCCCUUCACACACCGAGACAGACGAUGGACAGAGGUAUGGUGGCUGUGGGGGGACAGACGGUCUCUGUCUACCAGAACACCAGACUCUCCUCCUACUCCAGUUCGUCCGUCAGCUGAGGACACCGGGGCCAUUUGAACUGCUUUAUCCCGCAGCUUCUCCGCAGCGCUCUCCUAUCCAGGACUUUCUCUUUCGAUCGUUCCCUAGAGCGGAGGAGUCUGGGAGUGGGCUGCAUUUCUCAGCAUUGUUGGACAGAGUCUGUUCUCAUUAUACAGAGCAAAGGAACCAGACUUACAGGACCAAUGAAGCAGAGACACAGACCGGGUGGGACCAACACUCAGGCUCCCAGGACCUCCCUGGAGACAGAGGUGAGGCGCUGCUCAGGUGUCGGCUAAUUGGCUGGCUSUGGAGCACCUCACCAACAGGAUGCAUAGAAAUGGAUUGGAAUUAGAAUGCUGUAUAUCUCAAUGGUUUGAAGUGUGACGCUCUGAGUUCACCAGAGCUCCACACUGGGAGGCUUACGUGUCUUUUUGUAGAGCAAAACUGUUUGUGGAAGGUACUACACUUAGCACAGACCCUCUCGCUCACUCAACAUUGUCGAUAUACGUCUAGUUUCCUUAUAGGCCUAUUUGGCAGGGAAACUGUGAAGCCAGCUAUAUAGCCUAUUUCUGUUUGAGUCUUUUAUUAAAGAAUGUGAAACAAUGUUUCUGUUUGAUACUUGCCAUUACAUCAUGCAUAGCUUUUAUUUAUAUGGCCUAAAAUAAAUGUGUUCAUAUGAGCAGAAUGRUGUASGUUAUAGCAUACCUKAUUUUGAUCAGUUAUAAAAAAUAAUAUGAAUAAUUUAAUGCAGAAAAAAUGUAUCUCGUAAAAGGCCGACAUUUCAACUUAAAACAUACUGAAUGGAUGGCUAUGAUAGUCCAGCAAUCGAAUUGCAAYUCWUUCUUAUGCAAAUAAUCCAKAUAUUCUGRUUAAAAUUKUCUUGCACUGCUACCCUCAUUAUUCAUUAUUCUCAGAGGAGCAGAACAAGCAAUGGAACCCGAAUMUAUCCUCUGUGRMUGGAAAAAUAUCCUGGCGCAUGAAAGCUACACCAACAGAUUGGAACGACAGACCGCAAAUAAGUCCUUCGGGAAGUGCACGGAAUAUGAUGCUUUCGYAUGCCGAGGGCGCAUUACCCUCACUGACGGCGUUAACUCCAAGUUAACCGAACGAUUURCAUACAUAUGACGCCUUUAUAGUAACCGGUUGAUCAGACAAUAAAAAAAGAAGCAUKUGUACCUUUUCAGACAGUCAAAUUCUGCUCGGGCAUAGAAUGUUCGSUAUUGUUUCCCUGACAACAAUAAACGUUGCUGAUUGA